GUUAGACCUUCAAAUCCCUUCAAACUAUUUUACCAUCUCUUUCAUACAAUCCAACCUUAAAAUCCCUGCCUCAGUGUCACUGUUAAUCCCUGUCUCUCAUCAACCCUUGAGAUCGCUGGCGACUGAGCCACGGUGAAUCAUCUACUAAUCUAGCUGAAGCCAUAAGGAAGAAUGGGUAUCAUAGAAAAGAUCAGAGAAAUCGAAGCCGAGAUGGCUCGGACGCAGAAAAACAAAGCCACAGAGUAUCAUCUUGGUCAGCUCAAGGCGAAGAUAGCCAAGCUAAGGACUCAAUUGUUGGAGCCUCCAAAAGGUUCUAGUGGCGGUGGAGAGGGUUUUGAAGUUACCAAGUUUGGCCAUGGACGUGUUGCUCUAAUAGGAUUUCCAAGUGUGGGGAAGUCAACACUUUUAACAAUGUUAACGGGCACACAUUCAGAAGCUGCUUCUUAUGAGUUCACAACACUUACUUGUAUUCCUGGGAUUAUACACUACAAUGAUACUAAAAUUCAGUUGCUCGACCUUCCUGGUAUUAUUGAAGGUGCUUCUGAAGGAAAGGGGCGUGGGAGGCAGGUUAUUGCUGUUGCCAAGUCUUCGGACAUUGUAUUGAUGGUUCUUGAUGCCUCAAAGAGUGAGGGUCAUCGGCAAAUAUUGACAAGUGAACUAGAAGCUGUGGGCUUGCGUCUAAACAAGAGACCACCUCAAAUAUACUUCAAAAAGAAAAAAACUGGAGGCAUUUCGUUCAACAGCACUCUAACUUUAACUCAUGUGGAUGAAAAGCUUUGUUAUCAAAUUUUACAUGAAUACAAAAUCCACAAUGCAGAGGUGUUAUUUCGUGAGGAUGCCAGCGUGGAUGAUCUUAUUGAUGUCAUUGAGGGAAACCGUAAAUACAUGAAGUGUGUAUAUGUCUACAACAAGAUAGAUGUUAUUGGUAUUGAUGAUGUGGACAAAUUAGCCCGGCAACCUAAUUCUGUUGUCAUUAGUUGCAAUCUGAAGCUCAACUUCGAUAGACUACUUGCAAAAAUGUGGGAUGAGAUGGGGCUUGUAAGGGUUUAUACAAAGCCACAAGGCCAGCAACCUGAUUUCUCAGAUCCUGUAGUUCUUUCUGCUGAUAGAGGUGGCUGCACUGUCGAAGACUUCUGUAAUCACAUACACAGGAGCUUGGUGAAGGAUGUGAAAUAUGUGCUAGUGUGGGGUAUAAGUGCGAGGCACUACCCGCAGCAUUGUGGCCUUGGUCAUGUUCUUCAAGAUGAGGAUGUGGUUCAGAUUGUUAAGAAAAAGGAAAAGGAAGAGGGAGGAAGAGGCCGGUUCAAGUCACAUACUACUGCCACUGCUCGAAUAUCUGAUAGGGAGAAAAAGGCUCCAUUGAAGACAUAACAACGUUGACCAUGCAGACCUGUGGUUUUUGGAUGAAGUGGCUUGGAAGAUGUGCCUUGAGAUAGGCAGCUCUAUUGCCUCAUUUUUGUAUUUUUUUUACGUGUUAUGUGUCAUGGAAUUCUUGAAAAAUGUACUCUUGAUUGUAAUGACGAACUUAUUCUAGCCAGAGUUUUUAGGGUUUCUUUUGUAUUGUAAAAACCAGGAAGGAAAGGAAAUUAGAGUCUUAAGCUGCAUAAAAAAGUCGAAUUAACUUCAGAA